CUAGUAGACGAGGCGGGGGUGAUUAGCUGUUCGUCCCGUGUCCCGUUGCUCGCCCACGCCACGCCGCACGCGGACAAAACCGCAUUCUCUCUCUCUCACUACACUCCUCCCCCACACUCUCCUCUCCUCUCUCCCUCUCGCAGCCACAGCACAGCGCAGCACUGGCCGCCUAAUCUCUCCGCACUCUCUCCCCUCGCCGCUCCCUCCACUGCCGCUUCGUCUCGGCCGACGACCUCGUCGUCGUCGUCGUCGUCGUCCUCGUGUUCGCCGGUCGCCGCGCCGACGCGGAUCGCCGUGCCGCUGUCCAGUGCGAGAGCGCAGGCAGGCAGGCAGGCGCAGUGCCAGCAAUUUGCCUCCCUCACCAGGGGCACAUCUACAUGUGGAGUUCAUUCCCAUAAAAGAGGAUGCACAUGGUAUACCUCACCCAUGACCUCUGUAAUAAGCUGCGGUGAUCUUUAUAUGCUUCACCAACUGGUGAAAAAUGGGCUCUUUUCUGAGAAAACAGCCCAGUUUCCUCUUAAUUUUGUUAAUUCUGCACCUUGGUGCUCGUGAAGCAAGAGCACUAAGUUCAGAUGGUGAAGCACUUCUUGCCUUCAAGAAGGCAGUUACAACUUCUGAUGGGAUAUUUCUCAACUGGCGUGAACAAGAUGUGGAUCCUUGCAAUUGGAAGGGUGUUGGAUGUGACUCUCACACCAAGAGAGUAGUUUGUCUGAUUCUUGCAUAUCACAAGUUAGUUGGGCCCAUACCUCCAGAAAUUGGAAGGUUAAAUCAGUUGCAAGCUCUAUCACUGCAAGGGAAUAGCUUGUAUGGCUCACUCCCUCCAGAAUUGGGAAAUUGUACCAAGUUACAACAACUCAGGUAUCUACAAGGAAAUUAUUUAAGUGGGCAUAUCCCUUCAGAGUUUGGUGAUCUGGUGGAACUUGGUACACUGGACUUAUCCAGCAAUACGUUGAGCGGAUCGAUUCCACCCUCUCUUGAUAAGCUGGCCAAGCUUACAUCAUUCAAUGUUUCCAUGAAUUUCCUGACAGGAGCAAUACCAUCUGAUGGUUCACUUGUGAAUUUUAAUGAAACUUCCUUCAUCGGGAACCGUGGUUUAUGUGGGAAGCAGAUUAACUCGGUGUGCAAAGAUGCACUUCAGUCACCAUCAAAUGGCCCUCUGCCACCUUCCGCAGACGACUUCAUCAAUAGAAGAAACGGGAAGAAUUCUACCAGACUUGUUAUAAGUGCAGUAGCAACAGUAGGAGCUCUUCUGUUGGUCGCUUUGAUGUGUUUCUGGGGUUGCUUUCUGUACAAAAAUUUUGGAAAGAAAGAUAUUCAUGGUUUCAGGGUGGAGCUAUGUGGAGGCUCUUCCAUUGUGAUGUUCCACGGGGACCUCCCUUACUCCACUAAAGAAAUCCUCAAGAAACUAGAGACCAUGGAUGAUGAGAAUAUCAUUGGAGUAGGGGGCUUCGGGACGGUUUAUAAACUUGCAAUGGAUGACGGUAAUGUUUUUGCAUUGAAAAGGAUAAUGAAAACAAAUGAAGGGCUUGGUCAGUUCUUUGAUAGAGAACUUGAGAUACUGGGAAGUGUUAAGCAUCGUUAUUUGGUCAAUCUCCGUGGCUAUUGCAAUUCUCCCUCAUCAAAGCUAUUGAUAUAUGACUAUCUUCCAGGUGGAAACCUAGAUGAGGUGCUACAUGAAAAAUCUGAACAGUUGGACUGGGAUGCACGUAUUAACAUAAUACUUGGAGCUGCAAAAGGCCUGGCUUAUUUGCAUCAUGAUUGUUCACCUCGAAUAAUACAUCGUGAUAUUAAAUCGAGCAACAUCUUACUAGACGGCAAUUUUGAGGCUCGUGUAUCAGACUUUGGACUCGCAAAGCUAUUAGAGGACGACAAAUCCCAUAUUACUACAAUAGUUGCAGGAACAUUUGGCUAUCUUGCACCAGAGUAUAUGCAAAGUGGCAGAGCCACCGAAAAGACUGACGUCUACAGUUUUGGAGUUUUGCUACUUGAAAUACUAAGCGGAAAACGACCUACUGAUGCAUCAUUUAUUGAAAAGGGAUUGAACAUUGUUGGAUGGUUGAAUUUCCUGGUCGGUGAGAAUCGGGAGAGGGAAAUUGUCGAUCCAUAUUGUGAGGGAGUGCAGAUUGAGACCUUGGAUGCUCUACUUUCUCUUGCUAAACAAUGUGUAAGUUCUUUGCCAGAGGAGCGGCCUACAAUGCACAGGGUGGUACAGAUGUUGGAGUCGGAUGUAAUUACACCAUGCCCCAGUGAUUUCUACGAUUCAGAAUAGGCUUCGACUUACGGCUGCUCUUGAAAACGCCACACUGCCGCUGGUUUUCCUGUGGAGGCACAUUCCAUUUAUUCUUUGCAGAUUAUGUAAAUUCAUUCCUGCGGUGUUCGGCUCCAAUCGGCUAGCUCAAUGGGGAGGACAUUUUUGUGUCUAUGUAUCUAUGCUACGUACAAAUUAUUACUACUACAUGUCAAGUUAAUAAGAAACUUACCAGGAGAUUACUGUACUUGUAUUGAACUGUCAAUCUCGGAAGAAUGGAAAUGGUAGGGAUUAGGGAUGCCAAGUUUCCUGAA